GGAGGUUCUACGACAGCAAACUCGUUCAAUUGCCGCCCUCAAGAGGAAAUCUCAACUCAAGUUGUCGAAAUGGAGCGAUGCGAAAGCCGGCGAAGAAGGCGAAGACGACGGAAAAAAGCUGCACUUUGUGAGUCCUGCGCGCCGGAAAUCGGUGCUGGCCCCAAUCCUCAAUAAGAUCAAGAAUGGCGCGGAUGCGGCGGACAGUGCCGAGAAGAAACUGGGCAGCGAGAGCAGCGGCAGUGGUCACAUAGCGGUCCAGAUUGAGCCAGCCAGAAGGGUGAAGCGUCACAGCAUCCACGGCAUGAUGGAGGAGGAGAACACGAUCCGGCCGCAUCAGGAGAUUCGGCAGCUGACGCUGGAGGAGAAGAAGUUCCUGCUGGCCGUGGAGAGGGGCGAUAUGGCCGGCACACGCAGGAUGCUGCAGAAGGCCCAGGACACGGAGUACAUCAAUGUGAACUGCGUGGAUCCGCUGGGACGAACAGCUCUGCUGAUGGCCAUUGACAACGAGAAUCUGGAAAUGGUGGAGCUGCUGAUCAACUACAAUGUGGACACUAAGGAUGCGCUGCUGCAUUCCAUCUCUGAGGAAUUCGUUGAGGCUGUGGAGGUGUUGCUGGACCAUGAAAACGUCACCUUUCACAGCGAGGGCAACCAUAGUUGGGAAUCCGCCUCAGAGGACACGUCGACCUUCACGCCGGACAUUACGCCCCUGAUCCUGGCGGCUCACCGCGACAACUAUGAGAUUAUCAAGAUCCUCUUGGAUCGGGGUGCCGUGCUGCCCAUGCCCCAUGAUGUGCGAUGUGGCUGUGAUGAGUGCGUUCAGUCGCGGCAGGAGGAUUCCCUCAGGCACUCGAGAUCGCGCAUCAACGCCUAUCGGGCCCUGGCCAGUCCCAGUUUGAUAGCACUCUCCUCCAAGGACCCCAUCCUCACGGCCUUCGAGUUGUCUUGGGAGCUGCGCAGGCUCAGCUUUCUCGAGCACGAAUUUAAGAAUGAGUACCAGGAGCUGCGCAAGCAGUGCCAGGACUUCGCCACCGCCCUGCUGGACCACACUCGCACCUCCCACGAGCUGGAGAUCCUGCUCAACCACGAUCCCACCGGUCCGGUUUACGAGCACGGCGAACGGAUGCAUCUAAACCGUCUGAAGCUGGCCAUUAAACUGCGCCAGAAGAAGUUCGUGGCCCACUCGAAUGUUCAACAACUGCUGGCAAGCAUUUGGUACGAAGGAUUGCCCGGAUUCCGGAGGAAGAACAUGGCAUUGCAGGCUGUGGACAUCAUACGCAUAGGCAUCAUGUUCCCCAUCUUCUCGCUGGCCUACAUCCUGGCACCCUACUCCAGCAUUGGCCAAACAAUGCGAAAACCCUUCAUCAAGUUCAUCUGCCACAGCGCCUCCUACUUCACCUUUCUAUUUCUGUUGAUGUUAGCUUCUCAGAGAAUUGAGACCUUCAUCGGUGGCUGGUUCUUUGCCGAUUCCUCGGGAAUGCUGAACACGAUGGAGGAGCUGCCCACGAAGCGCGGUGCCAAGCCCACCUUCAUUGAGUGGCUAAUCCUGGCCUGGGUGAGCGGUCUCAUCUGGAGCGAGGUGAAGCAACUGUGGGACGUCGGUCUGCAGGAGUACCUCAACGACAUGUGGAAUGUGAUCGACUUUGUCACGAACUCCCUGUAUGUGGCCACAGUGGCUUUGCGGGUUGUAUCCUUCUUUCAGGUCCAAAAAGAGAUGAUAUACAACUCGCAUGCCACGGAUCUGCCGAGGGAGCGGUGGGACGCCUGGGACCCGAUGCUCAUAUCGGAGGGUCUAUUCAGUGCAGCGAACAUUUUCAGUAGCCUCAAGCUGGUUUAUAUAUUCUCGGUGAAUCCGCAUCUGGGGCCACUGCAGGUGUCGCUGUCCCGGAUGGUGAUGGACAUCAUGAAGUUCUUCUUUUUAUAUGUCCUAGUUCUGUUCGCUUUUGGCAGUGGUCUCAAUCAGUUGCUGUGGUAUUACGCCGAUCUCGAGAAGAAACGUUGCCCUGAAGUUUCGCCCAUGAGUGCUCUUCUAAACAUGAAUGGAACCAAUGAUCCCAAUGCUUGCAUUGUGUGGCGCAGAUUCUCCAAUUUAUUCGAAACCACACAAACACUCUUCUGGGCUGUCUUCGGCCUAAUAGAUUUGGACAGCUUUGAGUUGGAUGGAAUCAAGAUCUUUACCAGAUUCUGGGGCAUGCUAAUGUUUGGAACUUACUCGGUUAUAAAUAUUGUGGUGCUGCUCAACCUACUUAUUGCCAUGAUGAAUCAUUCGUAUCAACUUAUUUCGGAACGUGCUGAUGUGGAGUGGAAAUUUGCUCGCUCCAAACUCUGGAUAAGCUACUUUGAGGAGGGCGGAACCUGUCCACCGCCAUUUAACAUUAUACCUACUCCGAAGUCUAUUUGGUACGCCAUCAAAUGGAUGCGUCGCGUCUUCUGCAGCGGUUCCUCUGCCGCUCGACGGGAACAUCUAAAGACAAUACGACGAAAGGCGCAGCAGGCUAGCGAUCGGGACUUCAAGUACCAGCAGAUAAUGCGGAAUUUGGUCAGGCGUUAUGUAACCGUGGAGCAGCGAAAGGCCGAAUCCCAGGGAGUCACCGAGGACGACGUGAACGAGAUCAAGCAGGAUAUAUCCGCCUUCCGGUGCGAGCUGGUGGAAAUACUCAAGAACAGCGGAAUGGAUACGAAUGUGACGGCGGGUCAAGGAGGUGGAGGUGGUGGCAAGAAAAACCGCCAGAAGGAGCGUCGCCUAAUGAAGGGCUUCAAUAUCGCACCGCCUGGCUCCACGGGAUCGUUGGCUCCAGUUGCCGAGUUCUCCACCUCGCUGGACAACUAUGAUAACCAGCACGAGAUCCUCAGCUCCACACUAUCCACCCUCUUCACGCCGAACUUUAUGCACAAGCGCCAGCAAAGUCAGGCCGGAAGUGGAGGCGGUGGAUCAGAGUCACCGACCACGCCCACAGCUCCCCAGGGAACUCAGGGGGCGGCAAUGACCGCCAGUAGCCAGGUCACCAAGUACAACAAGUCCGCCCUGAAGCCGUACAACAAGCGAAUCGCUGGACACAAAAAGAGAUGGGGUACCUUAAUCGAAGCCGCCAAAGUCGGCAACGUGAGCAAAAUGCUGGGCCGAUCGAAGUCCGAGGAUUCGGUGUGCAACUCCUCGCACACAUCAACGCCAGUUCAUGGCCAGAUGCGGGUGACCUACGCGCAGAACUCGCCACAGCAGGGAUAUGGUUACCAUGGAGAGACCAGUUCCACAACCACAUCCACACCAACUCCCACGAUUUCGGUGGUCAGCAAUUCGCCAGCAGCCCACGCCGGAGUGGGAUCGCAUUUCUUUCACACGACAAGUGGUCUCACUGCCAUUGCUGCACUGAAGCGUAAGCGCAAAAAGUUCUCAUCGAGCAAGAAUAUUUGUCCGGUCACCGAAUCCGUGGCAGCGGCCAAUGCUGCUGAGAUACUAAAUGAUAAGACCCUUAAGCGGGUGUCCAGCUAUCCUGCCGCCGAGGCCGGCGUGCAGCACAAUCCAGCCCAAUUGGUCAAGCCAAGACGCCAUGAGCAGACGCAGAGUCAACACGAUUCGGUGGAGACCAACUCGACCUUCACUCUGUCCAUCGAUCCAUCCAACACGUCUGUGAACUCCAGGGAGCCGCUAAUCAGCACCAGUUGUGUUUCGACCACGGGAGCUAUUGGUUGA